UAUUUAGGUCACAAGUUCACAAUAAUAUAAAAAGCAAACUAGGCUAAACAUUUUCAAUUCCAUCACAACACAAAGAUGAUUAAGAUCAUGAAGCUCUUUGCACUAACAAUGGUAGUUACACUGCUUCUUCUUGCAUCUGGUCUUGCCCAAGCUAGGACCGAGCCUAUUCAAACCGACUCUAAUCCAAUCCAUAUACCACCCUCCUUCCCAACCGAGCCAUUUCCUCCUCCAAAACCAAACCAGGAUGAAAAGAUAUCAGUGGAGCAGUUCCCAAUCCCAAUUCCAAAAAAUUGUCCGCCGGGCUUCCCUGGAUGCCCACCAGCAAGUUCUUAA